CAAUAACUUCUCCGUCUCCCCAGUUGACUAUCUGCAGUGUACUGCACGUGCCGGAAUGCCCUCGGACAAUGUCGCUGAAAGCGGAGCAUUAUCUAUUGUAAGCUUCGCUGAUGUCAAGUAAGCCGAGGGUCCUCAUUCAGACCAAGGGCUCUCCACCGCUCGAUCAGGCUCCGACUUCAAUACCGAGGUACCAAGAUAUGGCGUGGGGUAGCCCCCAUGCGCAAACGAACUACCCCGUUUCAACAUCUUACGCUGACGAAGAUGGGAGGUUAUCCAUCGUGAGCCAAAUUUUCGGCACAACCACAUUUAUCAAGUCUCUUACUGUAACACAGGUCAAGGAUCAACCCGUUCAGUUGCUCCAUCAUACCGCCCCUGUUCCAAUUACUCAAGCCCAGGUUUCCUUCCAAAGUUAUCACCGUGACGCACCGCUUGUUGAUGCCGUAACGCCUCAUUACAAGGGGGGUGCGCAGGGUCGCGCCUCCGACGAUACCAUAAACCCUAGCGUUGCUCUUUCAUCACCAGACAUCAGUAUUGUGUUACCCCGCGCGGUGGGACACCCGUUAGAAUACCCGCAGGACAAUGAGAACGUUUCCAAGUCUGGCGAGCCACCCCUCGCUCAUCAUGCCACCACCGAGCCUACGACGGGCCCAACUUCCACAGCUCUCUUUGCACCCCUGUCAAACGUAUCAUGGCCGUCGUCUUCAAACUCCGUCGUGCCGCCACUUCAGGGUCCGUAUCCUUCGGACCAUCUAGACGGUGGGAACAUUCUAACGCCUGUGGAAUGGGCGGCAAGUCCAACUUGGCUUACAUGGCAAUCCUAUCUACCUCCAAACCAACAGAUCGAAGUCGCAUCCACGCCCAUUGUGUCCCACAUCCCUCCUUACAUACUUCCAACCCCAUCUCAGUCCAACUCGAGUGCUCAUGCUGCAAACUCACAUCUAUCAACAUCAAUACCACCUUUCCAAAGUUCGCCGCUGCCAUCGUCGAGCGAGUUUUGUACGCACGACGGCCUCUCUGACAUUGGAAGCGGCAACCUUCCAAUACCUGCAGGACCGGCAAUGGUAGACUAUCUUCUUUAUGGAAUUAUGAUCGAUGGGUUUGAAGCAAACCAGGCUCGCGGUCCUAUCAGAGCUCGCCGCCGGACGAAAAUGAAGAGAGGUCCGUGUGCCAGUGAGCCAAUCUCCACCCGUCGAGCAGGUCGUUCUGCCAAAAUCCAAUCCCGGAGCAGGAUGAGACCGUCCGCCGUACGUCCGCUCUCCGAUCGGAACGUACGCACGUGCUGUGGCUGGCAGAACGAAGAUGGCAGACUGUGUGGUGAACCUGUCACGUACAAUAACUGUGCAGAGCAUUUUGCUGCCGUCCAUGAAAUCAAGAACAUGGCGGCAGAUACCGAAGUGCUUUGCCGUUGGUGUGCUUUAGGUGCAGAGAAGAAGAUGAACAUGGUUCAUCAAUUUUGCGCAGACGCCCACAAAACAUAGCGCGUCAUUUCUUGGUCACGUAUCGGUACCGUAUGUGCAUAUUCUAUAGGUACCCACUGGCACGUAUGUGUUAUCCGCUCC